AUGUCUCCCCGGGGAAUUGCGUUUAUCCUUGGGGCUGGCCCUCGCAUUGGACGGGGUGUCGCCUCUAACCUUCUAGACAACGGCUACUCUGUUGCCCUGGGAAGCCGGGCACCAGACUCGUCUGCGCAAGUCUCUGGAAAUGGGAGGGGAGUCACGAUUUCUGUUGAUGCAUCCAAUAUUCAAUCAGUACAAGAUGGCUUCGCCCAAGUGAAACGGGAGCUCGGAACACCAAAUGUUGUCAUAUAUAAUGUUAGCGCAUAUACUCCCGCUGAUUCAAAAGACCCUUUUGCUUCAAUAACACCUGAAGUCCUAGAGCGUGAUAAUGCUGCCAACAUCACGGGAGCCUAUACAGCUCUUCGCGAAGCUGUGUUAGGAUUCAAGUCCCUCUCGCUAACUGAUUCCGACACUGGGGGAGAUGGUAAAACCCUGCCAAAGGUUUUCAUAGCUACGGGAAACGUGACCCCAUUCCGGCCCAUUCCCGCAUCCUUGCCGGCAGGGAUAGGGAAGAGCGCCAUCGUCCAUAUGAUCCAGAUCGCAGCAAAAUCAUAUAGCGAUGAUGGUUUCAGAUUCUACUAUGCAUCCCAAGUCUCGCCAAAAGGUGGACCGGUCCGCCAAGUAGAUGCUGGUGCACAUGGGGCGGUCUUCUGGGACUUGAUAAAUAGACAAACCCAAGGGAACUGGGAUGUGAGGUUCCUCGCUGAUGGGAGCGAAGUGAUAUCUAGCGGUUGA